GCUCUCAAAUACACAUACGCAGGACAUAAACUUUCAUAAAGCAAAGGUGAGAGAGAUAUACAUAGAACGUCCACACACUAAAAUCCAUUUCACACAUUCCUUUUCCUACUUUAUUAACCAGUUUCAAGUUAAAGCCCUGAUUUUUUUUUUUUUCUCUUGGAGAUACCAUUUCUUCUUCCUUCUUCUUCAGUUUCAUCAUGGAUACUGCUCAGUGGCCACAGGAGAUUGUGGUGAAACCAAUAGAAGAGAUAGUCACAAAUACAUGCCCAAAGCCAGCUCCUUUAGAUAGGAAGACAAGGCCUCAAAAAGAAGCACCGCCUUUGAAUUGUCCAAGGUGCAAUUCUGCGAACACCAAGUUCUGUUACUAUAACAACUACAGUCUCACACAGCCAAGGUAUUUCUGCAAGACUUGUAGAAGAUACUGGACUGAAGGUGGGUCUCUUAGAAAUAUUCCUGUUGGUGGUGGUUCAAGGAAGAACAAGAGAUCAUCAUCUACGUCUUCCUCAUCUUCAUCUUCUUCUUCGUCUAAGAAGCUUCCUGAUCUUGUUACACCACCAAGAUUGUCCCAGUCUUCUACUCAAAACCCUAAGAUCAAUGAAGGACAAGAUCUCAACUUAGCUUUCCCAGCUACUCAAGGUUUCAGAAGCAUCUCUGAAUUCGUUCAAGUUCCAAAUAUUGACAACAAUAACAACAACAACAAUAAGAUCCAAAUUCCUUCUUCUUCAUCAACUACACCUCACCUUUCAGCUCUGGAGCUGCUCACUGGAUUCUCUUCAAGAGGGUUGAAUUCUUUCAUGCCGGUCCAGGUUCCAGAUCCAAGCGCUGUUUAUACACCUGGGUUUGCUAUGCAAGAUUUUAAACCAACCCUAAAUUUCUCUUUAGAUGGACUUGGAGUAAAUGGGUAUGAGAGUCUCCCUGGUGUUCAACAGACUAGCACUGGAAGGCUGCUGUUUCCAUUUGAAGAUUUGAAACAAGUUUCUAGUUCAACUGAUAUUGAGCAGAAUAGGGAGCAAGGAGAUUCUUCUGGCUAUUGGACUGGAAUGUUAGGGGGAGGAUCAUGGUAAAGAAUAUAUGAUGAAAAAUAAUUUGGGUCUUUUUCUUUUUCUUUUUCUUCUUUAUUUUUUUUUUUUCUUUUGGGUUUAUUUAACUUAUAUUAAUUUGUUAAGGUGGGUGACUUGUUUGGAUUUCUUCAUUACUAACAGAUAGGGUACAUUACAUGAGUUUCUUUCUCUCUUACUUUGCCUCUUUUUUUCUCCUUUAAUCAUCUUAUUUACUCUUUGGUAAUGGUGGGAAUUUGAAGCUUAAUUUUUGAUUGGCUUCAGAAUGGGUGGUGACAAGAGAUACUGAUCAUCAGAAAUGCUAGAAGAUGAUAUCAAGCUUGUUAUAUAAAUUAGCCCAGAUUCUUUUAGGGUAAAUUACAAGUAGAAGAGGGCUUGCUUCAUGCCCCUUUAUUUCAUGUAUCCACAGAAAGAGAGAGGAAGGGCAACCCAGUGUUCUAUGUGUCAUUGUUGGCUUGGUACAAAUUAUAAUUAAAUGUAUAAUGUGCAAGUUUGUAAGGAGUUUUACGGGUGAAAAAUGCUUUGUUUUAGUAAAAUACUCACCAAAAAUCUCAAUAGGGUUCCAAUGGUAGCAUGAAUUCUCUCCAUUCCCUUCUUGUAAACAGGUUAUGAGAUCAUUUUAAGGUCUCACAGAAGCACAGAGAUUGAUUCUUGAAGAAGAUAUU